CAUACCUUCGCUCUGCUCUCGGGAUGCAUGAGUGAUCGGAGCGCAUCGAUACCUUUUCUGCAGGGGCCUAAAUAGCUACACGGAGAGAGAUGGAACAAACAGGACCUAAAGCAGCUGCACCACCCAGCGAGCUUAACAUCAUAGACACACCACGAACAAGUCAUCUUAAAUUUCUUCGUGAAAAACGAUUAAACUACUUCAAUGGAAAACAGUCUACGAGCACCCUCUCUAGCUCUCGGGAAUCACCCCGUUCUGGCAGUAAUGUAAGCAUGGUUUUCCAGCAACCUAAAAGGAGUAAAACACCCAGAAAAUGUCGUUCUGCACCUUCCUCUCGAUUGGAACAAUCUUCUUCAAUAUCUAAUGGCCGUCCAAAGUUUACCGAUCUAGCCGUAGCAAAAACUUUAAGUCAUACACCAGAAAUAACACAGUCACCAUUAGCUCAGGCUGAAGUGUGCACAAGUGAGCCCUCUACUCAACGGAGUCUCCUAAGAAGUAGCUUCAUUUCUGGUUUAGAUCAGGAACUCUUAGAAGAUAGCUCUGUUCCAGAAGCUCAGAAACUUCAGCAUGUGAUGACCUGGGCUAAAAAGUUUUUAAACCAGUGGAAUUGUGAUGAUAGUUUACAAAAUGUUUCAAUGUUAUCCCAAGACAAUGUUUCCUUAAAAAGUUUAGCUAUUCCAGUAAUGAGUACUAAUGAAGGAGCCAGACAACCGUUUUCUUACACAACUGCUAAUCCAUCAGACAGACUACCUUUAAAUAAGUCUAGAAUUGCCUCUAUUGAUUCAUCUUUUAAUCCCCUUUACAAUAAAGAUACAUCACACUAUAUGCCCGAAGAGUUAAAGGUCUUGUCUUCUCUAAGCAAAUCUACUAAAUGCGAUUUGUCGAUAGAUUCUGACAUCAUCCAAGCUAAAACACAACCUUCAUUUCAAGCUAAUGAUAAAGAAUUGUUUGUGCAUAGUGGACAGGUAGCAAAAAGACACAGUCAAAUUUCAAGGAGCACAACAGAGAUGGAUUCCCUAUCAUCUGAGUGGAAUGGCGUUAGAAAUAGAAUGCAUCCUAGAGACAGUUUAAAUGUGACUAUUCAACAUGCUUCUGCUCACCAUAAAAAUUAUUUUACAGACCCUUACAUUCAAAUAUUUUCUCCAAAGGUCAAACACGGAUUCCACCCAAAUACUUCAAGUAAUCAAAAUGACAUUAAUUUGAUAAAACAAAUACAUCUUGGCAGGGGACAAGACGGUAAUGAAGAAGAAGAGGAUAUGUCUAUGGAUUUUUCAAAGUAUGCACAAUUAGACUAUGAUUCUGAUAGUACUAUAACUGAAUCCGUAGGAAGCGCAAGUGGCAAUUAUCAUGAAAGAGAAGAUGGACAAAGUUCCUCUAUGUCAAGUCUUGAUACAGAAAGACUUAAUGAUUUUCUAGUAAAUUUGGAAAAGCUUCAUAAAGAAUCAGAAAUAACACAUCGGUCCACAUUAGAAGAAGAUGGGUUGAGGACAGACCGAACUUUCUUUGUGAAAAAGUUUGUGGAGUCUAAUACUCCAAGGCGAUACAUAUCAUCAAAAGAAGCAGGCAGUUUAUAUAGUCCAGCCAUUGAGAACCAAUCCUAUUCAGCUCACUCAGCUAAAUAUUUACAAGAGAAUUCUAAAACCAAAUUGCACAAAGUGUGCCCAGUGUGCAGUUUCACCUCUGAAACAAACUCAAGCUGGUGUGCAGGGUGUGGGUCUGUUUUGUUUGUCACCCAAAGUCAAAUUCCUACAGAUGCUUCAGAAAAAAACUCACAAGUAGCAAAAGGAACGUUACUAGAUGAAAUGUUUGUUUCCACUAAUAUUACGAAUUCCCAAAAUAACUUAGAAAACAAACCUUCAUCAACUUUGAAAGAAAAAGAAAGUAAAAGAGUACUUUGUUGGGAAGAUGGUUCAGAUAUAACCUCUGACAGUGAUGGAAGUGUGUUGGAAAAAUAUUUAUUUUAUGUAAACAAGCUAGAAAAUCUAAAAAUUGAAGAACAAAAAAAGACAAGUGAUAACAUAUCAACCACUAAUUCAAAUGAAGUGUCAAGUGAAGAUGAGUCCUCUGUAGACCUUCGUGGACCACAUUUACAUUCUAGCCCAACCCAGUACCGUGUAUUCCAGAUAGAUGACAAAAGUGAUUCAGAAGAAAGUGAAACACAGUUUUUGGGAGCUACAAAUGCUCUAGUAUCACCUGGUUCAACCUAUCCUGAAGCACAAGCAAAUGUAAAUAAUCAUAAUUUGUUUACGAACAACUUAAAGGACAUUCAUGGAACUACCAUUAAAGGUUCAGUAGAUAGAAAGCUGCAAAAGUCCUCAUAUUUGCCAUCCAGAAUCACUGGCCCUAUCAGGUACUGGGAGAAGUCCAGCAUUGCAUGGUCUUCAUACACACACGGAGAGCUGAAACCAAGGUCGGCAUGUCUUCAAAGGCCAGUUUCUGCUGAAGCCACAAAGAAGAUGCCUUACAAUAAGUAUGAAGGGGAUAAUAAUUCAGAUCAUCAUGCUUACAAGAAAAUAAACCAUAGUGAAAGACCAACCAAAAUUUCCCCUGCUGAUGUUGCUGACUAUCAAAACAGUGCAGUUGCUUACAUGAAGACAACAAACGCAUCGGCUAUCAGUGAGCAUCUUAGUAAAAGAAAAUGGAAUGGGGUAUCCGAGAUGAAAAACUGGGACUUAGAAGGUGACCGUGGCUCUUUGUGGCUUCAUCUCCCUGACGAGCUGUGGAUAUGCGUAUUUUCUAACCUGUCUCACAAAGACCUUUCAAAUGUUGCUCAAGUAUGCCAGAGGUUUCGGCUCAUUGCAAAUGAUGACAGUUUAUGGAAGGUAAUUAAAAUUACAAAUUGUCACUCCUUGAAUGACACCUCCCUGACCACCAUAGGACGCCAUCACCCAAAAUCCUUGUCGCUGUAUCGAUGUCAUGAUGACAACCAGUGCAUUACAGAUAGUGGCCUUGGAAACCUGUUUCAGAACUGCAAGGAUUCUCUCAUGACCCUGGAGAUCACACAUUGCAGUGGCCCAAGAUUUGAUGGAGAUACAAUUUUAUUUCAUACAAGUAAAUACUGUAGCCAGAUCACCUCCCUGGAUAUUAGCUGGACAGCAGCCACUGAUAAAGGUGUCAUUGCUCUUGUUGAGUUCACUGCAUGCUUGAAAUCACUGUCCGUGAAUGGUUGUAAGAUUUCUGACCAUGCAAUCUGCAAUUUAGUGAAAAAGCAUUGUAACAGUCUUAUUAAAUUAGAAGUGUUUGGGUGCCACGAGCUUACUUCAAGAUGCUUGUGUUCUGUGGCCACCGAGUGUACACAUCUGCAAAUCCUCAACAUUGGCAGAGUACCAAAAGUCACUGAUACGUGUUUGGCCAAGAUAGCAUCCAACCUCCACCAAAUGACUACUCUUAAUGUGACAGGUAUUAAUACGGUACGAGACCGCACAGUUCAUUAUAUUGUGAAGCAGUGUUCCAAGCUUGAGAAUCUUACACUCAGCUCAUGUUGUCAAGUAACAGAUGUCAGCUUGGUGGAAAUUAGUACAUACCUGCAAACAAUCAAAUAUCUUGAUUUAAGUGGAUGUAAAAAGGUAACAGAUAUAGGAAUCCAAGCAUUGGCAAGAAGUUGCCGACAAAUUAGUUACCUGGAUCUCAGUUCGACAGGAACAGGAAAAAGAGGUAUUUGCUUGUUGGCCAGUUAUUGCUACAACAGUCUGGAAUGCCUUAAGCUCAGUUUCUGCAAGGAAGUCACCCCAGAUGCUAUUGAAAAGCUGUGCAAAAAUUGUAAACGGUUGAAGGUCCUCCAUCUUUACGGUUGCCGCAUAUCUCAAGAUCUUGACCAUAUCAAAAGAUUUAGUGAAAAUUCCAAGAUAUUUCAUGAUCUGUCAAUUCCAACCGCAAAUAUUUUAGGAGAAUAAAGAAAUGCUACCUAUAAAAAAAUGAUUGUUAUUUAAUACAGUUUCAGUGAGCAUGUAUUAUU